AUGAGCAAAGCCUCCGCGCCCAAGAACUGGCCACCAACAUUCCCCUACCUCCAACAACCCUCUUACGCACCCCACGUAACCAAGGCUCAGCAGCAAAUUCUCCGUAUCCGGGACCCGGAAAUCUCAACCGAGAUCCCACGGGACUUUCCGCGCGGGCCCUCGGCCCUCGCGAGGAUUAUCCCUAUCAGCGACCCCUCGCACCCCGCGCACGGGCAAUCCGGGCUAUUUGCCGCGCGGCCGCUCCCGCCCGGCUCCCUCGUGCUCCCCUACUACGGGGUCGUGCACUCGUCGGUGCCGCCGCACUCCGCAGCCCACGAGAAGUCGGAUUACGACUUAUGGCUAGAUCGGGACGGGGCCUUGGCUGUUGACGCGGAGCGCGCGGGCAACGAGGCGCGCUUCGUGAACGACUUCCGGGGGGUCGCGGCGCGGCCGAACUGCGAGUUCAGAGAGUGCUGGGACUUGAGGCGAGGGGAGAAGUGCAUGGCUGUCUUCGUUCUGCCAGCCGGCAAGAACGCGGGGAAGAAGGCUGCUGCGGGUGUUGCGAAGGGCGAGGAGAUUCUUGUUAGUUACGGAAAGGGGUUUUGGAGCAAGAGGAGAGAUGAGCUUCAAGAAGAAGAUGGCGGCGUAGUUGACGAGGUUACCUCCUGA